GAUUUGCAGUUAGACUUGAAGCUGACAGAGAUAGACAAGAGAGAGGAGGGAGAGAUAGCGGGGGAGGAAUGGAGAAAAGGGGGCAGCUUUAAGAGCCUGUUUCUCGGGCCUUGUAACACUGAGCGGACUGUAACUGGGAUGAGUAGCUUUUGAAUUUCUGUCGGUUGAGCUCAAAAUGGCCACUUGAAGACUAAAAAGAAAAAAAACACGGGGAGAAAUUUCACUUUUUGUUGCUACCACUGACAAUCGGCCUCCUAUCAAAGUGCUUGAUGGCAGUUACACAGGCUGGGCUGCCCUCCUUCAGCUCCUUCUCCAACCUCGCCCAAUCCAGUGACAGUAUGAAAGUGUGGAAGUCUGAGGCGGACUCGCUGCUUCUGGAACCUGUCGGCAACAAACCGUCGGCAGGCAGCUCUGAGCAGCUGCAGGUCUCUCAACAGAUAACAGAGGAGCUCCUGGACGAUGACAGCCGGGCAUCUUGGGACAUCGAGUUCCUGCUCUCUGAUUGGAGCAGCCCAUCGCCCGACCUCAACCUACCUCUGGACAACAGCGAUCAGCGGCUCGUGCAGUUGGACCCGAACACAGUGUACCAAGAGGCGGACGCGUUCAAGGACCAAGCUGGACAAGCGCAGAGUGUGCAGCUGAACAGCGGCUGCCUCAUGGCGGAGCUUCUGGCCCCAGCUGAGACGACAACGCCAGUCCAGCCAGAGCUGUUCCAGCAGGGUUAUAAAGAUGAGCAAACUGGUCAGACUUCCUUUCCCAAUCUGCCGAAUGUAGAUCAGUUUGGCUUUCCUCAAGGAGGCACCUACGAGAGGCACAGCAGAGGAAACCUCACUAAAGUCUCAUUUUGGGACUUUAACCCUUACUAUGCGCACCAACACCCCUCCAUGGUGACCUUCCCAGAUAGCAGGUUCAUGCCACCGCAAGCGGUGACCCCUGACCCUAGACACUACGGCUACGCGCCACACUUUAACCACAACGCCAACAACUUCUGCGAAUACCCCCGCAGCCAGACCACUAGUCAACUGCCUCCUCACCAGCAGGCCGUGCUGGUUGCUCCGCAGCUGCCCCCUGGUGGGAUGGAGGGGAGGCGAGGUCGAAGGGCAACUGGAAAAAAGAGGCCCGCCAUCCACAGCUGUGAAUAUCCGGGCUGCAGGAAGACUUACACCAAGAGCUCACACCUCAAGGCUCAUCUCCGCACCCACACAGGGGAGAAGCCUUACCAAUGUUCAUGGGAAGGCUGCAGCUGGAAAUUUGCCCGCUCAGAUGAGCUGACGCGUCACUACCGCAAGCACACGGGCCAAAAGCCCUACGAGUGUCUGCUGUGUCAGAGGGCCUUCUCCCGCUCCGACCACCUGGCUCUGCACAUGAAGAGACACACCUGAUGCGCUGGUGCGAACAUACACGCCUACAUACACAAUCAUGCUUUCUAAACGAAAAAAAAAUUAAAAAGGUAGACUUAUGAUGAUUUGGAUACACUUAAUUAGUACAAUUGAGGGACCUUGAGAUAUUAACUGAACAUGUUCCCCCGUAUUACCUUGAUUUCUGCACUUGAUUAUCUCUGUGGUUAAUUAAAUGCUAGCACGGAGACUUGACAACCACGACAGCCCGAGGGGAGAUAUUUGAACCGGUUGACAAUUUUUGUUUAACUUCAGACUACAAAUGAGUGAAAUUUAAGUUAUGGCAGUAGAGGCGAGUGUGUCCUCGAGCCGCUUACUUCAAGCAGCGACCAGAAGCGUCCGGUGUCCCCAAAGUUCGGUAAGAUCACUUUUAUACUUCUAAUACCACAACCUCCAGUUUAUUUUCAUUUUCAAACUGACAUCAUUUAAGACAAUUCAUCAGACUUGACACAUGUCCGUCACAAACCACCAAAAACAUUGUUUCCCAUGCUUGCAGUGUUGCUCCCCUAACGGCCACUGUACACACUGUGGGUGUGAAGACAGGAAACAUUAACACUAACAACAGACCCACAAAAAUGUGACUAAUACGGGUUAUAAAACAAUAUAGAAUAUAUAUAUAUAUAUAUAAAUAUAUAUAUAUAUAUAUAGUCCACCCUGUAGGAUCUCAUGGCACGCUGAACAAAGACUGCUUAGUUACAAUGCAGCUGUAUUAAUGCUGAGAUGAUCUGAUAUCUUUGUCCGAUUUCUCUGAGAACUUUUGGUGAUUGAUUGUAACACAAACAAACAAAGAAUGAAGUAUUUCUUAAGCCAUUUGAUUGUAAAGUAAAUCCGAGAUCAUCUAACUUUAUACUUGUCUUUAUACUUGUCUAUUUGUUUUAGUUUUUUUUUAAUUUAAUAAAAACGUAUAUGCUUUUGUGUUUUGCAUUCGGCAGAGUUUAAAACUGUAAAUAAUGAGCAUCUUUAUUAGUACUUUAUAUUAUCUAAACAUGUCAGCAACGUAUUUAAUAUUUAAUAGUUCAAAUGAAAGAAGAUGGCUACUAUAUUAUUUUACGCAUUUUUUUUUUAAUAUAAAAGGAGUGCUUUAAUGUCUUUUAAUUAUUGUUUUCAUUGUCAUUAUUCUAAUAAAGUCCUCUAAUGCUGUAAAACAGUCAGACGUGAUUGAUUCAGGCACCCAAUCUUACCAUUACACCACUUAACUUUGGAAGGGCUUUACAAACAUGCAUCUGUCCUCCAUGAAGCAAAAGAAAAUAUGUAUCCACAGAAUUCAUCUGGAACCAGAUUUGAUUUUUGACCUUUUCACCCACCUCAUUCCCACAAGUAAUGUCUGCUCGUGGCCUUCAGGUGGCAGAACUCUGUGACUGUGUGAGCCUUGAUGCUGCAGGCCGGCUUCAGCAGCACGUUGCCAAUUGUUUUCUGCAGCGUCAAAUCUGGAUGAGGUCAGGAUGAGAAUUUCCUUAUGUAACUCCGCACUCACUGAUUCGUUCUGAUUAUCACGCUCCCUCUCUCUCGCAUACACUUGAAAACCCUGAGGAAAGAAAAGCCCCCGAAAAGCAAACCAUAUUCCUGAUUCCUUUAACAACAUGUGUAACGCUGACAGGAAGUUGCAUCUGCUCGUAGACACAGUUUGAACUUUCUUUGAGUUCUGUUUACAUUCAGCAAGAUCCAAGUUGUUAAUGUUAUAUUUAUAUUGUUACCAUUAAUGAACAAAGAGGGUCAUCUGUUUGGAGCUUUGAGUACAUUGACUUUGAAGGGGCCCUGAUUUAUUACAUUAAGUGUGGUGUUAUCAUCAUAAAGAGAACUGCUCUGCCUGUAAAAUGAGUUAUAUGACAACUGCUCUGACUUUUCAAAAGUUUCUUGUCUUGCAUUUCAGAUUAAAUGGUUUAAUAUGA